ACAGUUCACACCUGCAGUGAAGCUCCUCCCACAACAAUUCACCAAUAAAUACUGGGAAUAUUCACAUCAUCCUACAAGAGAAGGACAAACUCCAGGUGUAGCAGCUGAAAUGGAGUUUAUUAAAAAGGAGAUUGAAGACAUGAGUGAUCCAGAACCAUCCAGAAUAAAACAUGAAGAUACUGAGGAACAAAUAGAUCAGAUGGAAGUGAAGGAGCAAAGACACAAACUAAAUGAUGUAAAGAAACACUGUGACUUCAAAACUCAAGGAACAAAAGCCAAAAAGCUGCACACCUGCUCACAGUGUGGAAAGAGUUUCCAAAAUAAAGGAAUCCUUAACAGACACAUAAGAAUUCACACUGGAGAAAAACCGUAUACAUGCACUCAGUGUGGAAAGAGUUUUUCUCAAGCAUCAGGUCUCAGACAUCAUCUGCUCCGUCACUCUGGAGAAAAAACGUUUAACUGUGAUCAGUGUGGUAAAGAUUUUAUUUUGUCAUCAGAUCUAAAACAACACCUGAAAGUUCAUUCAGAUGAGCGGCCUUAUGUGUGUUCUCUCUGUGGAAAGAGUUUUUCAAGAAUGAACAGUUUUAAACUGCACCAGAAAACACAUAAUGAAGUGAAAGAUCAUGUGUGCUUUAAAUGUGGGAAGAGCUUUAUUACAGCUGGCGAUCUGAAACGGCACCAAAGAAUUCAUUCUGGAGAAAAACCUUACAAGUGCUCAUAUUGUGAGAAGAGUUUCACUCAGUCAGGAUCUCUGAAAUCACACGAGCGAGCUCAUACUGGAGUAAAGCCGUAUCACUGUACUCAGUGUGAGAAGAGUUUCAAACAUUCAUCAAGCCUUCACACUCAUAUGAAAAAAUGUUGCAAGUGAGCAACAUUAGUUUUUUAUUUCAAAUACAUUCAAGUAAAUUCUCUGAGAUAAAAUAUGGAGUUUAUACUAAAAGUACAGUAUCAUCCAAUUUUGUGAAUUUGGUAAUUAAAGUCAUUGUAACUUUUCUGUCAGCAUGGAGUGUGUGCUAAAUAAGCAGGUCUUACUUGAAUUAGAUGUAGUCAAUUCAUUUAUUUAUUUACUAAGUGUAUUUAUAUUGUGUUCUUAUGCAGUACAUGCAAUUAUGAGAAAUAAAACAGAAACAACAUCUUG